GAUCCUCAGUUCCUAGACCACACUUCUUCACUCAGAAAGGCUUUUUUCUCUCAUGGCCGCUCUUCUGCUUCUUAAAGGCUUUCCGCUGCUCCGGCUUCGGCUGCAACACUAUAACCCACUCGCUGCUGGGCUCCUAUCGGCACCGCGGCGUCCUUGGUGCACCACCGCAGAGUCGGCUGGACACGAAGAGGAGGUAUCCUCUGCGGAGAAGAGUAGUACGGUGCUGAGCGUGACGGACCCGCCCAAGUACCAUAGAUGGGGUGAUCCUGAUUACAGGAAAUGGAAGGAUAAAGAGGAAGAGAUUCUUCGAGAUAUCGAGCCUAUCAUUUCGCUCACUAAAGAGAUUCUUCACUCUGAUAGGUAUAUGGAUGGUGAACGUUUAACCGUUGAAGACGAGGAAACUGUGGUAGAGAAGCUUCUUUCUCAUCAUCCACAUUCUGAAGAUAAAAUUGGAUGUGGACUUGACUCUAUUAUGGUUGAUCGGCAUCCACAAUUUAGACACUCAAGGUGUCUCUUUGUUGUUAGAACUGAUGGUGGAUGGAUAGAUUUCUCAUACCAAAAGUGUCUCCGAGCAUACAUUCGAGAUAAGUAUCCAUCCCAUGCAGAAAGAUUUAUUAGAGAACAUUUUAAACGUGGUAGUGGCUAAAAUGUGAAAAGUUAACUUUAAUAUCAGUGUUCAACUACGAUUUUAGUGUCACUGCAGAUUUUUAAAUAUUCUUUUUGGGUAGAGAGAUUGUCUAAUUGUGUCAGUGACCGAUAUAUAGCCUUGAUCUACAAUUGUCAAUGAAGUAGAUGAUUCUUGA